AUGGCUGAACAAGAAGCAGAUAUUGAGUCCAUCAUCGACAGACUUCUCGACGUGAGAGGUUCCAGACCAGGUAAGCAGGUCCAACUACACGAAUUUGAGAUCAGAUACCUAUGUACUAAAGCCAGAGAAAUUUUCAUCAGACAACCUAUUCUGCUUGAGCUUGAGGCUCCUAUCAAAAUUUGCGGUGAUAUUCACGGGCAGUAUUACGACCUUCUACGGCUGUUCGAGUACGGUGCCUUCCCGCCAGAGGCAAACUAUCUAUUCCUGGGAGACUACGUUGAUAGAGGAAAGCAAUCAUUAGAAACAAUCUGUUUAUUACUAGCAUACAAGAUCAAAUACCCAGAGAAUUUCUUUAUUCUUAGAGGCAACCACGAAUGUGCAUCCAUCAACAGAAUCUACGGUUUCUACGAUGAGUGUAAGAGACGCUAUAAUAUCAAACUUUGGAAGACCUUCACAGAUUGUUUCAACUGUUUGCCUAUUGCGGCUAUCAUCGAUGAAAAGAUCUUUACGAUGCAUGGGGGAUUGUCACCAGAUUUGAACACCAUGGAGCAAAUUAGAAGAGUCAUGAGACCUACAGACAUCCCAGAUGUGGGAUUGCUGUGCGACCUGCUGUGGUCCGACCCAGACAAAGAUAUAACUGGAUGGAGUGAGAACGAUCGAGGUGUCUCCUUCACUUUUGGACCAGACGUGGUUUCGAGGUUUUUACAAAAACAUGACAUGGAUCUCAUCUGUAGAGCGCAUCAAGUGGUGGAAGACGGAUACGAAUUCUUCAGCAAAAGGCAGCUGGUUACCAUAUUUUCUGCUCCAAACUAUUGCGGAGAGUUCGAUAACGCUGGUGCCAUGAUGAGCGUUGACGAGAGUUUACUGUGCUCGUUCCAGAUUCUCAAACCUGCAGAAAAGAAGAAAUACGGCUACGGAACACAGCCUCCGCCAGGGGUCCAGUCUCCGAAAAACAAGAAGAAGCCUACCAAAUGA